AUGGAUUUCCUGCUGCUCGGUCUCUGUCUAUACUGGCUGCUGAGGAGGCCCUCGGGGGUGGUCUUGUGUUUGCUGGGGGCCUGCUUUCAGAUGCUGCCCGCCGCCCCCAGCGGGUGCCCGCAGCUGUGCCGGUGCGAGGGGCGGCUGCUGUACUGCGAGGCGCUCAACCUCACCGAGGCGCCCCACAACCUGUCCGGCCUGCUGGGCUUGUCCCUGCGCUACAACAGCCUCUCGGAGCUGCGCGCCGGCCAGUUCACGGGGUUAAUGCAGCUCACGUGGCUCUAUCUGGAUCACAAUCACAUCUGCUCGGUGCAGGGGGACGCCUUUCAGAAACUGCGCCGAGUUAAGGAACUCACACUGAGUUCCAACCAGAUCACCCAACUGGCCAACACCACCUUCCGGCCCAUGCCCAACCUGCGCAGCGUGGACCUCUCGUACAACAAGCUGCAGGCGCUCGCGCCCGAUCUCUUCCACGGGCUGCGGAAGCUCACCACGCUGCACAUGCGGGCCAACGCCAUCCAGUUCGUGCCCGUGCGCAUCUUCCAGGACUGCCGCAGCCUCAAGUUUCUCGACAUCGGAUACAAUCAGCUCAAGAGUCUGGCGCGCAACUCUUUCGCCGGCUUGUUCAAGCUCACCGAGCUGCACCUGGAGCACAACGACUUGGUCAAGGUGAACUUCGCCCACUUCCCGCGCCUCAUCUCCCUGCACUCGCUCUGCCUGAGGAGGAACAAGGUGGCCAUUGUGGUCAGCUCGCUGGACUGGGUAUGGAACCUGGAGAAAAUGGACCUGUCGGGCAACGAGAUCGAGUACAUGGAGCCCCAUGUGUUCGAGACCGUGCCACACCUCCAGUCCCUGCAGCUGGACUCCAACCGUCUCACCUACAUCGAGCCCCGUAUCCUCAACUCCUGGAAGUCGCUGACGAGCGUCACCCUGGCCGGGAACCUCUGGGACUGUGGGCGCAACGUGUGCGCCCUGGCCUCGUGGCUCAGCAACUUCCAGGGGCGCUACGAUGGCAACUUGCAGUGCGCCAGCCCGGAGUACGCACAGGGCGAGGACGUCCUGGACGCCGUGUACGCUUUCCACCUGUGCGAGGAGGGGGCCGAGCCCACCAGCGGCCACCUGCUCUCGGCCGUCACCAACCGCAGCGACCUGGGAUCCUCCGCCGGCCCGGCCACCACUCUCGCUGACGGCGGGGAGGGGCAGCCCGACAGCACGCCUGAGCUGGCUACCGUGGCCCUCCCCGGCGGCGAACACGCCGAGAACGCCGUGCAGAUUCACAAGGUGGUCACCGGCACCAUGGCCCUCAUCUUCUCCUUCCUCAUCGUGGUCCUGGUGCUCUACGUCUCUUGGAAGUGUUUCCCAGCCAGUCUCAGGCAGCUCAGACAGUGCUUUGUGACGCAGCGCAGGAAGCAAAAGCAGAAACAGACCAUGCAUCAGAUGGCUGCCAUGUCUGCUCAGGAGUACUACGUUGAUUACAAACCGAACCACAUCGAGGGAGCCCUGGUCAUCAUCAACGAGUAUGGCUCGUGUACCUGCCACCAGCAGCCCGCGAGGGAAUGCGAGGUGUGA